AUGGCCGGCGACAAGCGUGCUCGCGAGUUCUUCCGGGGGAUGGUGGCGUCAUCGGGUCCCGGAGCGUGGAUCGCUGGGCAAGGCGGCGUUGGACCGUCGGGCGGCCCAGGCGCCUCCGAGUCCUCUUCGUCCGGCGGGCCCCCGGCGCAGGAUGGCGCUGGGGCGUCAGGUGUUGCUGCCGGCGGUUCGGCGUCAUCCUCUAUCGCGCCGCCGCCACCGAUCGUUGCGGCUCCGCCAGUCGUGGCUGCUGGAGCACCGGGCUUGCCUGCGCCAGACUCGCCCGCGCAGGGUUCGCCUGUUGUGUCCGCCGCCUCCUCCGGGUUUGACUCCGGGGGAGUCAACCCAGACAUAGUGGAUCUGCAGCGGGAGUGCAACCUGGCACGCAGUCACUUCUCAGCCGCCACGGUCGAGAUCGAGAACCUGUGGGACAGCCUUCAGGCGGUCGAGGUGGCUCGAGGUGCCACCGAGGGGGAGGUGCGUGCGGCGAGGGACGCCGCGGCGGACGCGCAGGCCCACGCCUUUGAUGAGUUCCGUUCUUGA